UUCGAGUCGCAUCUAUUCGUUCAGUUAUUGACAGGUAAAAAAUAAAUGAAAACAAAUUGAUAAAGUCUCAGGAUAAAUUGACUUUCAAUAAAAAUACUUGGUAAUUUCGUCCAAAGUUAUCUACCAACAUGUUAGCUAAAAUCGCUAAUCUUGCGGUUCUUAAAAAUUUGACAGGAUUGUCAAGAACACUAACAAAGCCAGUUAAUGUCAAUGCCCUAAGAUGCUAUGCCACCGGAUCUGUCUCAUCAAGAUGUUGGAAUCAGUUAAAUAGUUUACCAAAGCCAGUUGUUUCAAAAAAUUGUCUUGUCCCACGUUCACCACAGUUGAGAGGAGUCAUUGGCAGCAGCUUGGUACAAUUAAGAAAUCAAAGCACACAUGGUGAUCACGUUAAUUUGUGGAAACUUGAGAGGGUGGUUUCAGCUUUAUUUUUGCCACUACUUCCUCUUGCAUUCAUGCUUGAAAAUCCUAUUCUUGACAGUGUACUAGCCGUUGCUUCUGUGAUACACGUACAUUGGGGUUUGGAGGCAAUAAUUAUAGAUUAUGCAAGACCCUUAGUCGUUGGACCUGUUGUACCCAAGAUUUUAAUGGCAGCAUUGUAUCUUACAUCUGCUCUUACUCUUGCUGGACUUAUGGUACUCAUUUACAAUGGACCUGGCCUUUGCAAAGUCAUUAAGCAGGGUUGGGCCAUUGGGAAGGAUAAGUAAGCUUGUUUGAAAUAGAGGUACGAUUUUUAAAAUCAAGUUUAUAAUGAGACACAUGAAAUGUGUAUUGAAAAAUAAAUUAUCCUCACCAAAACUCUUAUUUUACAUAUAAAUUUAAUCACUU